GCUUUCUACCCGCCUAUCCUUGGUGAGCUGAAGGACCUACUGACGUUGCCGCAUCAUAGGCGGUUUACUCUGAGAUAACAAGUUUUGAACCGGCCAUGGAGAAUAUCACCCGACUGAGCAGUCGAGUAGUAAGAGUCCUAGGACAGAAUCCAGGCAAAUUCACCCUCCAAGGAACAAACACCUACCUCGUUGGCUCCGAGAGCCCAUACACUCUCAUCGAUACUGGCGAAGGGAAAGACGAGUACAUACCCCUUCUAGAGACUGCGAUUCGCUCCCUGUGCCCUCUUUCGCCUUCCUCGCCAGUCCACGUAUCCGAUAUUAUCCUUUCACAUUGGCACCACGACCAUACCGAAGGAUUGCCAGGCAUACUUGGACUGCUUUCUCGCCUGUGGAAGGAGCAACGGCCGAAUGCACCAUUUGUGCCUCCUCGCUUACACAAAUUUCCCGUGAGCAGCGCACCGAAUUCACCAUUUACCACAAACAAGCUCGACGAGCUUCUUCGUAACCUCGAGAAAGGGUCGUUCACGCCCAGUCCCACCGGCUCAGCCCUCCACAAUCUCCACGACGGACAAGAGCUCCCAGUCUCCACCAAUGAUGGAGACGGCCGCGGUAUGCGCAUCGUACAUACGCCCGGCCAUACCACGGACUCCAUCUGUAUCCUCAUCCCCGUCAAUCCAAAGGAGCAGAAGCACGCUCCAUACGCGUUGUACACGUCGGACAGCGUACUCGGGGAAGGAACUGCUGUAUUCGAGGAUCUCUCGACGUACAUGUCGUCCCUCAAGUCCCUCGUUGAUCUACCCAGGUCCAUAGACCCAAAGCUCGCAUUCGGCGAGCUCUACCCCGGCCAUGGCCCUGUCGUGCCCGAGGACAAGGGUGUCGAUCUCAUAGAGACGUACAUCAAGCAUCGCAUGGAACGCGAACACCAAGUGGUCGCUGUCCUCUCGCAGCCAGCACCUGAUCCACCGGAGGGGACAGGCGACGAGGCGACGAGUAGAAACGGCCGGUGGACGAUAUGGGGCAUCGUUGUUAGCAUAUAUGCGAAGACGUACCCCCGGAACUUGUGGCUUCCUGCUUGCCACAGCAUCGGACAACACUUACGCAAGCUCGAGGUUGAAGGGCGUGUGCGAUGCACAGGUGGAGAGGGUGUACAGUCGCAAUGGGAGCUCGUAAAAGAGAAUUGAAUUGUAUGUAUCAUCACGAUCAAGAGUCCGAAAUACGCUCCGUGUACUCACAUCACGCCAAUAUCGUGAAAUUUUGCGUGCUUACUAGAGGGUUUAAAUAUAACAGUUUUUCUUUGCC